UCCUUGAAAGGUAUUGAUUUUUCCAAACAAAAACAAAAAAGCAACUUAAAAUUAUCCACUUAAUUUCUUUAAAUUUCUUUAGUUUACCAAAGUAAAACCCAAUAGAUAUGGAUGAAUGCAAGCCAUCCACGUCCGAAAGUGUCGAGUCUCUUCAAAAGGAGGCUGAAGCUCUUAAGAAACGACUCGAAGAAGAGCGACAAAAAUUAAAUGAUGUUACUUUGGAGCAAGUAGCUGAAAGACUCGAUUGCAUUAGCUGUCCUAACAUAAAACCCAGGCGUACUUUAAAAGGGCAUCAAGCCAAAGUUUUGUGCUCUGACUGGUCCCCUGACAAAAAACACAUAGUUUCUUCCUCACAGGAUGGUAAAAUGAUUAUCUGGGAUGCGCAUACCACAAAUAAAGAGCAUGCAGUUACUAUGCCAACUACAUGGGUUAUGGCCUGUGCUUAUGCCCCUUCUGGAAAUUUUGUGGCUUGCGGUGGCCUAGAUAAUAAAGUGACUGUGUACCCACUGAUAUUAGAUGAGGACGUUUCUCUGCGCAAGAAAACUGUUGGUACCCAUACAAGUUACAUGAGUUGUUGCACCUUUCCGAACUCAGACCAACAAAUUUUAACAGGUAGUGGCGAUUCAACUUGUGCUUUAUGGGAUGUUGAAUCCGGCCAACUGUUGCAAAGCUUCCAUGGGCAUUCUGCUGAUGUCAUGGCUAUUGAUCUAGCUCCAUCUGAAACUGGCAAUAUAUUUGUGUCUGGGAGUGUGGAUAAAAUGGUACUGGUUUGGGACAUGAGGACAGGACAAUGCGUCCAACAGUUUGAAGGGCAUGAGUCUGAUGUCAAUAGUGUAAAGUUCCAUCCAAGUGGUGAUGCUGUUGCUACUGGUGGGGAUGAUGCGACAUGUCGACUUUUUGAUUUGAGAGCGGACAGAGAAAUAGCUAUCUACAGUAAGGAAAGCAUAAUUUUUGGAGCUAAUUCUGUAGAUUUUUCACAUUCAGGCCGUCUUUUGUUUGCCGGGUAUAAUGACUACACAGUUAAUGUGUGGGAUACUCUUAAGUGCGUUAGGGUUUGGUUAUUAUAUGGUCAUGAAAAUAGAGUUAGUUGCUUAGAAGUAUCACCUGAUGGCACUGCUUUAUCCACAGGAUCUUGGGAUUGCACUUUGAGGGUUUGGGCCUAAUUUUCUUUUCACAUUUUUUAAUGAUAAGUAUAUAAUAUUCUAUAAAUAUUGUUUUUUGUGUAGUUUGUUGAAUAUUCUUGAAUGUAUUAAUAUAUAAAGAAUGAAGAAAAAAAAUUAGUAAACUACUACAUAUAUAUAUGUAUAUACAUACAUAUAUAUAUAUAUAUACUUGCUACACUACUAUAUUAUAUUCCUUACUUAUAUUAUAAUAAGUAUUUUAUUGUUUGUUAUGUUACAUUAUAAAUCUGUAUAUUUUAUCUCUAGUAGAUCUAAUAUAAAAAAGUGUUAGUCUUGAUUUAUCCUUUAAUGCUUAAAAAUGUCGAAUAGCCGCUUAAAUAUACAGGUUGGCGAAUAUAAGACUACAACACAGAGAUUAUAAAUGGCAACACUGCUUCUUGCAUACUUUCUGGUUGAUAAGCGGCGCGGCGAAAUCCGAUCGUCUGAUUUGCUAUUUUCGACACGGCACAGACUCAUUUUGCUGUGUGAUUGCAUACUGCCCUCAAUUAUGGGUCUUUACUAUGGGAAUUGGGCAGUACAAUGCAGGGCUUUAUUCUCAGUAAAUGUUGAGAAUAUACCGAUUCCUUAUGCUAAAACUAUUUUAAAUGUGUCAAAAUUUGAGACGUCUUUUUGCCUCCAAGAAUGUAGAACCUGUCACAUCAAAGAUAAACCACCUAUUGAAAGGGUUCAAAAGAUCACGAACGGCAAGAAGAAAUGGGUUAUAAUGCUUUAGUUUUGGAUUCAACACGAUCGAACAGAAGCGUUGGAGAGGAACUGGGUAUGCUUUAUAAAAGUGUGACGAGUAUUCCAAGACUCAGGAGGUGUUUCCUGAAGACCAGUGGCGAAGAAUGGCAAUUUGUGAAACCAUGAUGGAAAAAGCAAAUGAAAAUGGAAAUUUCUUAGAAAAUAUUUUGUUUUCAGAUGAGUCCUCUUUUUUAUUGCAUGGUAAAUGCAAUCCUUCUAUUGUUCAUUACUGCUCUCAGGAAAACGAGCACAGUUUUCAGUACCGUACUCAGUACCCUUAAAACGUGCAUGUUUGGGAUAGUGUUUUGGGCGACCAUAUUAUUGGGCCAUCUUUCAUUGAUGGUAAUUUGAACGCCGAAAAAUACCUUGAACUGCUACAAAACCAAGUUCUUCCUGCCGUUCCUACCUGAUAUCGAUCAGUCUAUUUUCAACAAGAUGGCUGUCCUGCUCAUAAUGCGAUUAGAGUAAAAGAAUUUUUAACAAGUACUUUUCCUAAUCGCCUUAUUAGUAGAACUGGCAAUAUUAAAUGGCCUCCAAUAUCUCCCGAUUUGCCACCAAAUUACUUUUAAUUAUGGGGUUAUCUUAAGGACACUAUUUAUAAACAUCAUAAUAACAGAAAUUUAGCGUUUUAUGUUCUGUUUUUUUAUAAUGUUUACAUUCUAUUUUUAUUAGAGUUUAUAUUUUAUUUUAAUAAGAACAACGAUUUAAUUUUCAAUGUGCGAUGUACAGCAUAAAAAAAUUGUAAUUACGAAUCUAUGUGGGUUUUACACAUGUAAUUCCUGCAUUAGGAAAAUAUUAUACCAAUGCCGCGUAAUAUUUUUCUAAAUUUUCCUAAAGUCCCACCAACGUCAGACGCUUACUAAAAUAAAAUUUAAAAUAAUCGAGCUCGAACCUUGAACACCAGCGUGCUGUCGCGACGGCGUUGCAACAUCUCGCCUGCUGUAACCUUAUAUGUGUGUGUAGUGAUCCAUUCGCCAAUCUGUAUUGAAGCUAUCUAUAUAAGGUAAUAAAAUAUUUUAACAUUAAAUAAAGUAUGGUGCAAAAGUGAA